GGGUAUGCCGCACCUAGCCCCCAGUCUCCAAAAAAAAAGGAAAACGUUCUUGAUGCUGGCAAUCACGGUUUAGAAUUUCCCAAGUGCACCGUUGAUUAACCGGUCAAUGUGCCUCACAGCCUGCAAGAUAACUUUCACCACUUCCUAGGCGGCACGUCCGUCCAAGGAAACUCGUGACGAACGACGACAAAACUGUGGCGUGCCCCGCUCCUCCUCCUACAACUUGCCGACUUUCGAUUUUGGUUGUCGGCCACGUCUAUUCACCAUACUACGCUUUAUUUCCUUGCGCAAGCCUUAUUUGCUCAGACCGAACGUCGACGCAACCCCGAAAGACCACCUGCGCCCGCUCCACCCUAGGGUUGCCUUCUUGAACGACUGUUUUCACGGCAUCAACACGUACCAGCACAUCUCGCUUCCGACCUGCAGAUCGUGCGUUUCUACGUCAACUCUGCUUUCGAGAUAGACCCGAGCUACGACUUAUCAAUCAGGCCUCCAGGAGCAAAUCAGAACGUGCCGUUGGAAACACCUUCGAUGUCUUCAUACUUUUGGUAAAAGGAUUGUGGCCGAACAGCGGGAGCACCAACCAGCCCUGCGGCGGGACUCCCUCGUCAAAUAUGGGCAUUUCGGCUCGGGUUGGGGGCUUUAAGCCACAGGACAAAAUUACGCGGGCAUCAGAUCCAAUCGGUACGAGCAGCCUUCCCAGCCAAGCCCAAGAGCGAACUAGGCCAUCGACUACAAGCGGCAUGAACUUCAACCAUGCGUCAUUUGUGUUGAAAUCCGAAGGUAGCCAGGGUAGCGUCACAGAGAUCGACUGCGACAGCUUGGCCGGGGGUGGAGGAAGUCGUCGUUCGUCACAACAGCACAACAAGAAUGUCGCCGAAUAUCGUAAUAUUGCCAAACAGGCAGGAUUCAAGUCUGGUAAUGGACGGAAUCGCAGACCAGCAAGACCAGAAGGAGAGGCUAUUAGUUUCAAGCGAAAAAGCCAUCUUAUAUCGCAGGGCCGGGCUGUCAAAGAAUUGGCACAUGAUAAGAUAGACGAUGACGACGAGCUGGCCGGAGACGACGGCGAUAUCCGCCAAUUUCGACGCCCCAAGCGCAGCUCUGGUCCGGUCGAUCUUACUGUGGACGACGAAUCGCCCAAGCAAAACAAAUCAGAGCACAAGCAGAUUUCAAAGUUUUUUAUCGACUUUUCUAUCAACAUCCCCGAUGAGACCCAGAGCAAACGAGUCAGAAACGAUGAGGAUGACGAGUUACAUGAUCAAAAUUCGCAAAGACCAACCAAGAAGGCUCGACUACAACAAAAGCAUCCCACCACUCACCCGAGCCAAGUUGUCGUUUCCAGGGCCGAUAUCAAGCCGACUAAAUUCAGCUCAUCCCGUGCUUUCGAUAAGAAGCUGCCUUCACUCAGUCCUCUCAAUCUAUUGCAAGCGUUCCGCGGGCCACAUUAUUUUUGCAAAGAUAAACAGGUCCUCAAGUUGGAGGCCGGUGCCUCGGGGGCCGUAUUUCAUGCCUACCAACAAGACGGCACGGAAGAGUCACCUCAUUCUGACUGGCUGAUAGUCAAUGUUGCGCAGCUUCAUAAGGUCCUUUGGAGCACCCGCAGUUCUCAAGUUGCAUUGGAUCUGCGAGGAGGUACUAGUCCUGGCGGAAAAGCACUGGCUGGGAGGCUGUUUCUCAAGUUCUCGAGCGAAGAUGACAUCGGAAGGUUUUUGGGCUGGUUAAGGGAGCACCAAGGAAGCAAAACUGAUGUCAAGUUCGAGGAGAAUGAUCUCGAUUCUCUCAAGAAAGUAUUCGAUCAUCAGUCUCAUGAAAUCAAAGCCGCAAAGGAUCAGAGGAUUCAACGGAAGCCUGCUGACCCAGAAGACGUUCAGCUGCUGGAACACAACCAAAAACUCCGCGGGGCUGCGAAUGGGGAGGACUCUAGGGGCCAAAUCAAUCGUUCACCGCAAGCGCAUCGCAGAACAAAACUGAUAGAUGGGCUCCUAGCCCAGAAAAAACCGGAUGUGAUCGAAUCAGGCAACGAAAAUCGCUCAAACGGAACCACUGUGCAACCAAGUCAGAGAGCCCUUCGAUCCAGGCAAACGUCCAAAAACACUUUUGAUCUGACCCAAAAUCUUGAACCCACUUCCCGAAGUCCAUCGCCGAAACCGAAAGCCAAGCUGUGGACUCAGGAGAACCCUGGUUGGGACAAGGAAUGGCGUGUUGACUUGUCUCAGUUUCGGACAACGAUUCACAAGGGCGACAUCGGGCGUCUCGAGCAAGGCGAGCUGCUGAACGAUAGCAUUAUCAGUUUUUAUCUGCAGUAUCUGCACGAAGCCGUGAGGAACAAGGAUGCUGAUAUAGCCAAGCGUUUCUACUUCCAAAGCUCCUUCUUUUGGGACCGACUUAAAUCGACUCCUAACAAAAAGGGGAUCAACUAUGAAAAAGUCAGAAGCUGGACCAACAGGGUGGAUCUGUUCUCUUACGACUACAUCGUUGUUCCUGUCAACGAGAAUUCUCACUGGUACGUGGCAGUUAUCUGCAACCCUGGAAAGUUGCUGCCAACGGCCGAGAAAUAUCAGGACGCUUCCCCGCCCAACGAUACUCAAUGCGAGGCUCCCACUUCUGCAGACGUGGCUGGCGUUUCCGAAUCACGUCGCAUCGCGAAUGAGGUGUCUGGCAGUUCGCCUGAAGAGGUGACAGUCAAGGCAUCUUCCCACUUGUCCCCUGGGACCGAGAUGUCCAACAAUCUAGGCCGGUUGUCGUUAGGAAAACCACUCAAGGGCAAGUCAGAUGGCACAGCGGCAAUCUCGAUUGACGAUGACGAGGAUUUGGGCCCGUCAUCGACUUGCAAAGCAUAUACGCCAAAGGAUGACGAGGAUGAUGAUAUCUGCCUGAUUACGAGUGACUUAGAGCCCCAGCGCAAGCCCAACAAAACAAGCGGCAGAGGAUCUGAUGUCAAGGACAGAGAUACGGGUAACGGGUUCGUCAAGAGCAAAGAGUCACCCAUGAUCACUGGGAAAGACCCAUGUAUCAUUACGUUCGAUUCGUUGGGCAGUUCCCAUUCUCCAGUCUGUACGGCACUGAAAAAGUAUUUGGAGCACGAAGCCAAGCACAGGAAGGGGCUGGACAUCGAGAUGCCGAACAUGGGCCGGACCGCCAAAAACAUCCCACUCCAAGACAACUACUGGGACUGUGGCGUUUUCCUGAUGUCGUAUGUGGAGGCACUGAUGCGGAAUCCCGAAGAUUUUAUUCGAAAGGUUCUGCCGAGAAAGGCUGGAGCUGCCGAUGAGGGCUUGGCUUGCACUGUAGAUGCAGCGGCAAUGCGGAAGCUGAUACGAACCACCAUACUGAAACAGCAAGUCAUUUAUCAGAAGAAAGUGGAGGACGAGGCCGAGGCCAAGAGACUGCGAAAGCUGCGAAAGGCACAGGGAUCGGCCUCAGCAGGGGUCAGCAGUCCACCUGUGCCUCCGUUAUCAUCACAGGUAACAACACCGAGCAGUCCGGCGCCUGUGCCUUCAUCGCUCCCGAAACACAGCGAGAAGCCUUUGCCGUCGAUAGAGAUCCCAUCGGCAUCAUCCAGGGCGGAUGAGUCAUCUGCGAGAUAGCAACUCUCAGAUCAGAUCACCGCAUCCAAGGCGACGCCUCAUGCCAAGCCUAUACGUGGCACCACACCUUUCAUGGAUCCGAUACCAGAUAGCUCAUCAUCGUCUCAGUCAUUCUAUGAUGCCAUGCAGACAGUCGCCUCGGGGCUUCCUCAGCGUUCGCCCAGUCAAAGCAGCUCGCAACCAUUGCCAAUACUUAUCACUUCACCUUCUCCGCAUCGACCAGGCGGGUUCAGGUCACUGCCCUCGUCACCAAUGCCAGGCCGGGGCCCCCUACCAUUUUCUAAGGUUUUGCCACAGUCUGGGGUGGCAAUGUCGCUGUCACCCGGCAAGGACCUCAGCAGUCCUGGAAAGAUGCCGAGGGCAACAUACAAGCGUAUAAGUUCAGGACCAGAUCCUGCGUCUCAAAAUUCAGGUUCAAAGUUGAUGAAUCUACGCAGCUCCAACAGCGCAAUGGAAGAGCCAAAAAGAGGCCAGGAAUUCUAUGACUUAACGAGCUUCGUUAGGCGACGGAACUGAUGAUAUUGGUCAUUGAUAUCCCUUUGAUGGAAUCUAGUUUUACGAACAGGACCAUCGUCCGGGAUUCGGAUUCAUUACACCUAAAGUACAUAUGCCUUUGUCUGACCGGGAGGUAAUUUCGAGGAGGAACUCAAAGUUUGAGUCACCAUAAUCAGCAUGAGAUUUCAAAGCUUGCAUGGGACGGAGUUUUUGGUUGCAUUGCGAGGGGCGCUUUUUCUGUCGCUUUGGGAUGGUUUCUUUGUGCAUCCUAAUUUCUUUGCACUGUUCAUAUACCACUGUUAUGAGCUAUGCCGGUCACGCGAGGAGUUGUGGGCUGGAUUUGCGAUGCUGUGUGACUUUGGGAUCAAUCCAGUCAUUGAUAAGACUGGAUUCGUUUGUUACUGGGUACAUACAAUUCAUAUACGUGAGUAUAUGCCGUAUAUCUGCGUCGUUGGGGCUAUCUCCUUAGUUCUAGGUUCUGGUCAAAGAGACAAGCGUUGCAUUUUGGUUGUUUUCUCAUGUCGAUAUUGUUGUAUGUUGUUAUUUCAAUACCCCCGUUUCAUUAGACUGAACACCAAGAGAUUAUUUUAGAGGCACA